AUGGCUUCCCAAGAAGCAAAAGUGCUGUCCACCGAGCCUCUGCCCGAAGCGGAAGCCGCCUGGAUCAAGCUCACAAAGCUCACCUACCGAGACCCGGCCGGCCAGACCCGAACAUGGGAGUCGGCCGAACGGCGCACGCGGCCCAGCGGCAGCGACAUUGACGCCGUCGGCAUCGUCGCCAUCAUGCAGAGGCCCGCCGGCCCGGAGAUUGUCCUGCAGAAGCAGUACCGCCCGCCCAUCGACGCCGUCUCCAUCGAGGUGCCCGCCGGCCUUGUCGAUGCCGGCGAGACGGCCGAGCAGGCGGCGGUCAGGGAGCUCAGGGAGGAGACGGGCUUUGUCGGCGUUGUGGACGAGACGUCGCCCGUCAUGUUCAACGAUCCUGGCUUCUGCAACACCAACACCAAGAUGGUGCACGUCACCAUCGACAUGUCGCUCCCCGAGAACCAGAACCCCGUGCCGCAGCUGGAGGAGAGCGAGUUCAUCGACGUCUUCACGGCGCCGCUGUCGACCCUCUGGGACGAGUGCAAGAGGCUCGAGGCCGAGGGGUACGCCAUUGACGCCCGCGUCGGGACCCUGGCCGAGGGCAUCGAGCUGGCCAAGGCGUGGAGGCUGUAG